GUUGGCGAAAGCUAUAUUUAAUACGGUUGAUGGAGAUAAAGUUAAGAGGGUUGCAGAUGAAGAGCCAGAACUUUCACAAUUACUCUCUGAAUCAGCAAAAUCUUUUGUUAUGCCGAAAUUUAAUAAUACAAAUUCAGCUGAUAAAAAUAAAGUUGCAGAGAAUUCGAAUAAACGAAAGAAUGUGGGAUCCGAACUUGGAAUUGUAAUUAAAAAGAAAAAAACAGAAAAUAAUAAUCCUCUAGGCUUGGUAGAUUAUGGAUCUUCUGAUCAAGAUUCUGAAUAA